GGACAUACUUUUUAAUUUCGGUUCCACUUCGCACUAUUUACAUGCAUGUACCAUAACUGGUACACUAUGGCGAAAUAGGGUGCAAGGAAGCCGAAAUUUUAAGAAAAAUGAUUUAUUUCUAUCAUAAUUUGAGCAAAAUGUGAAAUUUAAAUGAGUGCAAUCAUCUUUUAUGAACGUGAUCGAAUGUUCACAUAUUUUUUCUUGAUAAUUUGCAUCGUUAAAGGUUGAAAAUCAACUAUGGCGAAUUUGAGGUACUAUAGCCAUAACUGGUACACUGAGCCUAGUCAAAGAUGCGAGGGUUAGCAAUGAGUCUACUUAGUGUAUGGAUAGUGCUAAAGUGGAGCAUUUGGUAUUGAUUUGUAUAGAUAUCUAAUGUCUGAUCGCCUUUUAUUUUUUGUCGCCGAGAAGAAUUUGUUUAUUUCUUUGGUGAUACAUAGUUUCCCAAUAAACAUUGAUUUUUUCUGCUACUACUUCAGAGACAAAACCGAUAUACGACAGGUCAGAUAGCCUGAGGUGAAGUUUGAAUGGAUAAAGGACAAAGAUCAGACAUCGUGUAACAAAUUUCUUUCGAAUUUAUUGUUAGCGACCCAUUUUGUCCCGAAAGAAAAUGGUUCAAGGUGGAUCACAUUUAAACAAUUGUUUAUCGAAAUGCAAAUUACAUUUAUUUAUUGGUUGACUAGUGUAUUUGAAGGGCAUUUUUUUCUUAUCAUACAUUUGUAUUUGUCAAAAUAUGAAAUCAGAUAUUUCACACUUAUACUGGUCAUUUAUUUAUUUAUUUAGGUAUUUAAGUAUUUUACAGCACUCUCGUCGUAUUUAUCCAAUUCGGCAAGUCUCGUUAGAUGAAUGUACGGCUCGUGUAGUAAAAAUUAUCAUUUUGCAACUCACUGCACAAAUAACUAUUUUUUUAUUUUUUUUUUUUAUUCGUGAAUUAUAAUUUAUGCACAUUCGUCACACAUGUCAAAUAUAUUAUAUGGAUUAGAACGGAUUAUAACGGAUUAGAUUUCAGCUCUUAGUCCAGUGAGCUGUCCCAGUUUAGAUCAGGUUUGCGUGAAUCACGCUCAUUUGAGAGUAACUUUUUCUUAGCAUGUGUGUGUAUGGGCUGAAAGUCUCUAUAAUGAAGACAAAUCAAUCAACUCAAUCAAUCAAUCUUAGCAUGUGAUACCUGUUAUUUGAUAAUCCUUUUAUUUGUUUCUAAACAUAUUUUUAUCUUCCACCCGCAGGACGUAUAUUCAGUUCAAACCAAUCCAAUGUUUUUGAGCAAAGCGCAAUGGCAAUCGUUGACGAUCAGUCCUUCCUACAUCAGCUUCAGAUUGCACCAAAUGUAUUGACAAUCGUUACCAACUCUGAAACAACCUCAUGCGCAUCCGGUUCCGUCGAAGUGCAGUCAGCAGCAAUAAACGUAGGCGAGACUGCAGAAGACCCUACUAUCGAACAGGUGCCAGCUGAAAUAAACGAUGAGACUAUGGAUAACAAUUUGCAUGACGAAAACAAAUCCCCAAACGUGUCUGUUAAACGAUGUCGUGAACAACUCCCUGGUUUUCACGUCGUUAAGAAAAAUGUGUCCACUGGAAUGAAAUUUCGUUCAUUUGAAAUAAAAUGGGACAAAGUUAGCGAUAAUACGCUAUCGAAACUGGAUGCACUGCAGGACUACAAACUAAAAAAUCAGUCAAGUUCAGCUCCCAAAUCAAUGCGGCUUACAAAACAAGAAAGAUGUGGAUUGAUUAACUGCAUCGUCGAUCAACUCAGGGCCAUCGAUACCUGCAUUCAAGCGGAUAUCAUGGAAACAGUGGCCAAAGAUAUUUUGCGCAAGUACCCAUGCUUGGAAAUGGUGGAUGAUGAUGGAUACGGAGAUGGUUUGAGUUACGUGGUAUUGAAGCACAAGUUAAUCAACCACAAUUCAUACCUUAACCGGUUCAAAGAUCCGAACCAUCAGACAACCAAAGUCACUUCACAGACCCGGAAAUGCAGCAACGCUAGAGCGGGUACUUCCAAAGAAUACUGGGCCAAAUCGUCCCCUGAAUGUGCCAAAGAACUUUUUGUAAAACUGCGAAGAGAUGAGCCUAACUUGCUAUCUGAUGAGUGUCUGCAAUCAACUCAUGCAUUUGUUCGAUAUCGUUUGGAUUCGCAUCGAGAUCUGAGAACGUUACUGUUGGAACUUCCGGUUCUGCGCAGAAGGAAAUUGCUGUCCUACCAUUUCAACCAAGCUACUGGAACUGACAUCGACACACUACGCAAGUUUUUCAACAUGAAACGAGUCAAAAUAAUUGAGUAUUCGGCAGCAGUCAGUAAACCAGGGAAACUGCUUGAAUCUUGCUCGGAUGCUGAAAUUUUCCAGUUUCUGGCUUCUAUGGUUGGCGAAAAUUUGAACAACCUUGUUUUGAAGAAGGAGGUAGGAACACGGAUGGAGGACAUCGAUCAUGCAUCAGGUGGACCAGUUUUGGUCGCGAUAGACAUGGGAAAUGAUAAAGCUAUGUAUUACGUUUACGCUGAACAAACACGUCUUUCGGAAGGAACUGAAGAUAUCGUUGGCGGAAUCCAGGAUCUAAUGAGCGUUCAUUACGUCCACAAUUUUGUGUACCUGAAGGAGGCAUCAAAGUUUCUCGAGCUAGUCCAACAAUAUUUCCUCAAAAUAAUCCCCAGCAAGGGCUCCAAAUCGACCGCCAACCGGGUUGGUCCAAUUCAACGUGUUGUUAAGAAAGCCAUUGAAACGCUUUCAUCAUAUGACGCGUCACAGCCUGGCCCUUCUAAUUUGUGAAAUGCUAGUUUGUUCAACUAAGUGCUUUGCGUUAUGUUAAUAGUAUGAAUAAUUACUAGCGAACAUCUGAAACAUAAUGGGUUUUUAUGAAAUUUAAUAUAGUUAAGAGAUAAAAGCUUGAAAUCUGCAAGUGUUAGAUGUUUUUAAUAAGAGAAUAAAAGAGUUUUUAUUAUACUCAAAAUUUGUUUCAAUGCAAUUGCUGCAAGAAUUUAUCACAUAACUUUGAUGGUUGAUGUGGUGGCACUAGUUUUGCCAAGUUGAAAUAUUCCAAAACAAAGAGGAAAAAAAAGGUAAACCCGCAAAUUUUCCGGGUUUUAACGUUUUUUUUUGGGAUAUUUCGACUUGGGAAAGCUUAUGUCGCUCCCCAUGCGGUCAAUAAGAGAUAUUUUAACCUAAAAUAUAUAAUAUUACUAUAUAGGACCAAACUUACAAGUAAAUGUAAAUUUAGUAUUGUGAAAAUGAAAUUUACAUCUGUCAAUUUGAGCUCAAUGUAAAAAUAAAAUCUAAUGUAAUGUUACGCCAUAUGUCACGCUCCAAUUAUGUGCAUGAUAUAUCAUGUAAACUUACCGUUUUUUUUCGAAC